UUUUUUAUUUAACCUAAAUCAUUAGAGAAAUGUCAUUUUAAUUAUUUGUACGUAACUUAUACAUACUUUCAAAGUAUCGAUUUUAAAAAUGAUGAACACCAAGAACAGAGAAUGUAAGUGUACUAGAAAACGGGAAUACGAAGCUCGGAAACAAAAGGUGUCGAUAAACGUUCCCAUUAUUUGGGUCUUGGGAGGUCCAGGUUCUGGAAAGGGAACUCAAUGUGAUAAAAUUGUCGAAAAAUAUGGUUACACUCAUCUUUCAAGUGGCGAUUUACUUCGCAAAGAGGUAAAUAGCGGCUCAGACAGAGGAAAAGAACUCAAUGCCAUAAUGGAAAGAGGUGAAUUGGUACCUGUUGAAGUGGUGUUAGACCUUUUGAAAGAAGCAAUUCUAGAAAAUUUGCCUCAUUCAAAGGGCUUUCUUAUAGACGGAUAUCCUAGAGAAAAGAGCCAAGGUGCACUUUUCGAGAAAAACGUUUCCCCUGUCACCGUUAUUCUUUUUUUCGAUGCAUCUGAAGACACUUUGACAAAAAGGUUACUGCAUCGAGCAGAAACGUCUGGAAGGGCUGACGAUAAUGAAGAAACCAUAAAAGCGAGAUUAAAAACGUUUAACGAAAACAACAACGAAGUUAUUAGCCAAUACCCUGAUAAAUUAAAAAGGAUACAAGCAGAAGGAACUGUCGAAGAGAUUUUUGCCAAUGUGGAAGCGAUUCUAGAUAAAUUAUAAAAUCAAAUAUUAGAUACAUAUACUUAUUUAUUGUAGAAAUGAUAAUAUUAUUGGUAGCAAUAAUUUUAAAUAAUAAAUAAAACGAGUAUUUGCAGUACCUGCAUUCUUGAGUCCUUCCAAAGAGAAAGGACAAUAAAAUUGUUAUUAAAAAAUAUACGUACGUAUCUUCAGCAAUUUGAUGUUAUAUUUUUAUUUUCAAAAUAUUGUAGUUAUUGUUAUAAAUGACAAAUACGUUUAACAGGACGGCUUAUUACUGCAGUUAAAGGUCAAACACAGUUUUAUAGUCGUUAUUAGUGUUUUUAUGUCGAAUAAAACACUAUUAUUAGAAAUAAAUUUUUAUGCUCUGUUUAUCAAUACUAAUCGCACAUUUAAAUGUACACCACUGGCAUCUUUUUGAAAUAAAAGACUUUUUUGUAUA